CAAAAUCGAAGUCUCGCGUGAAUCAGAAACAACGUAAGGGAGGGCUGCAUGGGGAGCUCAAAAGGCAUAACAAAAGCCACACGAUUCAUCUAACUGGCGCUGGUCGCUUUUUUCAUUUUAUUUUAUUUUUUGCUACCCAAAACUAAUUUAAUUUAUUAUCCAUAUUAAUUUUGAUUUAAAGGCAAUAUUAUAUACAUUUUGCAUGAUGCCUAGUAGUACGUCUUUGCUGGAGGCCGAUGAGGGAGAGUCCGAGGUACCACCGCCGCUACUGCACGCUUUCACCGGUAUGGGCCUUGGGGAACACCACGGCACCGAAAGCCAGACAAGCGAACAAGCGGAUGAAAGUAUUUCCUUUCACCACCACCAGCUCGCCCCGGUUUCUCAUUUUAGCCACGUUGGUCCGGUCCUCGACUUGAAGCCCCUGUCACUACAUCGACCGCCCUCGGGAGAUGAAGUCAACAAAACGACAACGCCGGAUGACGACGACCCCGAAGGUAUAGUGUCCGAUCCUCCGGGCUGCUCCGGUGGCUCGCUGCUAGCUCAGGCCCGCCGCCACCAGCACCUCCCACCAGGGCCGAAUGGCUCCUUGAUGCCGUCCGGAAUGGAGCCGCCUCACCUCGAGACGGUAUUGCUCUACAACGGAGACGACCGGGAUGAUAAUGUGGCUGGUGGCAGCGCCUUACCUCCGGCUAGCAGCAUGGCGAUGCUGCCACCCGGCGUGUACGGAGAGACGGGGUUCGAGGCCGAGCCUUCGCUUUUGACCCGGCGAAAGAGCGUCAAUACAACCGAGUGCGUGGCCGUGCCGAGUUCCGAGCACGUCGCAGAGAUUGUGGGAAGGCAGGGCUGUAAGAUCAAGGCUCUUCGAGCCAAGACCAACACCUACAUAAAGACACCAGUCAGGGGCGAGCAGCCUGUCUUUGUUGUGACGGGCCGCAAAGAAGAUGUGGCCAUGGCUAAGAGGGAGAUCAUUUCAGCAGCUGAACACUUCUCCCUAAUCAGAGCCUCCCGUAACAAAACUGGGCCUCUUUCCACUGUAACCAGUUUAGGAACCCCUUCUCUACCUGGGCAGACAACCAUUCAGGUGCGCGUUCCGUAUCGUGUUGUCGGGUUGGUUGUGGGUCCCAAAGGAGCAACCAUUAAGCGGAUUCAGCAGCAGACCCACACCUACAUCGUGACGCCAAGUCGUGACAAAGAGCCAGUGUUCGAGGUCACAGGAAUGCCGGAGAAUGUGGACCGAGCGAGGGAGGAGAUAGAGGCACAUAUCGCCCUCCGCACUGGAACCUAUGGAGGUAUUGAGGCUCCGGGUGUGGACAACAGUGAUUUUCAAUUCAAUGGGACAGAUGUCAGCUUUGAGGCUUCUACAACACCUGCUGGUUUGGGGGAGGCCGGAUGGCUCCACGCAGGUGCGUCAUCACCAGGUGGUGGAAACUUGCUGCCAGUGAGCAUCAACGGUACUCAACGAGUCAACAGCAAUAUCAGCAGUGGUGUGAGAAUGUCUUCCACCUACCGCAACGACAGCUCCAGUUCCCUUGGCAGUGGCUCCAGCUCAGCUGAUUCUUUCUACAGUGGUGGGAAUGGCAACCGGAUGGCGGAUUUCAGUCCAACUUUUCCUUUUAAUGCCAAUGCUAACAACAACAACAAUAGUAGUAGUGGUAGCACAAGUUUCUGGUUUGGAGAGAGUCUUCUCGGUGUGGGGUCCGAGGAGCUCAUCAGCCUUGGAGGUGGAGGCUCUUCCUCAGGAUUUGAUCCGUUAACCAUUUCUACUGCCCAUACCUCUCACUCUGCUGCACAGCCACACAUCUGGAGCCCCUUUGUGGACCAACAGUCUCUACAGGCCUUUGAUGCCCUUCAGUCUCAGACCAGCCAGCCUGGCACGCCCCACCUCUCUCCAACCUUCUCUGGGACCGAAGCCUUGGAGCACCCUCAGGCGCAGCGUGUUCACCGAAGGCCUUUUGGGUCAACUGGAAACCUCGAUGCCCACAGGUUCCCCUCUUACAGCUCGGCCUUCUCCUCCUCAAGUGAAAGCACCACCUCCUCUUCCUCUCCUCCUGAAUCCUCUUUCUCCUAUCGACCAGGGCUUGGAUCAGCUGGGAGGGGACAGGAGAUAUGUAUCCAGUGUAUGGAUAACCAGGUGAUCGCUGCCUUGGUUCCUUGCGGCCAUAACCUUUUCUGUCUAGAUUGUGCCACCCAGAUUUGCCAGGGUCCAGAGGCUGUGUGCCCUGUGUGCCUGUCCCCAGCGACACAGGCCAUUCAGCUCCGCAAUGUGUGAUUUUUAAUUCAUUUACCUUGAUGGCUGAUGAGGGAUCAGCCUCCCCAACACUUCUUGCUCAUAACGUGUAGGGGAUUUACAAAACUGACCCCACAUCAGUGUCUAGGUAUGUCCUCACCCCAGCUUUGACCAGGCUGGUGUUAGGCUGACAAAGGUGCAGAAAAGUAGGUGAAGUAAGCAACGAUGUGUAUUUAGGGCAUGGGUUUGGGUGUUAAGCCCUUUCAUGUGCCUGCUAUUGUGAAGUCUUCUUCCUCGAUUGAUUGAUCAACGGGAGGGUUGGAUGCCCUCUAUGUAGCAUUGGGAGGGUUGGAAUACAUAUUAUUUUUGCUCAUUAUGAUUUUUUUUUUUUUUAUGUUUUCCUUGAAAUUUGUAGUAAUCAGUUUCUUCCUACAUAUAAUUUUAUUUUAAUUUGCAUUGAGAUAUAUUAGAAACACAUUGUUGACUUUUUGGGUUGACGCUUUAUAUGUAUAUUUUUUAUUCUAAAUUUUUAUUUUUUGUUAUUUUUGUCAACAUCUUAAAAAAAAUUUUUUAUGCAAGAACCUGGAAAAAAAACAAGAAGCAAGCAUGUUUAUCUUUAGGAAGUCUCACAGUUGAUUUUGUAUAAAUGAUCUUGGCUACAACAAAAUUUGAAUG